AUGCGCCCCCCCCCGGCCCCUAGGGGCCUGCUGCUGCUGCUGCUGCUGCUGCUGCUGCUGCUCUUCCCUUUUGCUGCUUUUGCUGCUCCUGCUGCGCUGCCAAAAGCCCUCAAAGGAGACACUAAAAAUGGCCCAAAAGAGUCCCCAGUGUCUCCCCAGGGGGGCCCCCAGGGGGCCCCCCUGAUGCCUUUAGAGAAGGCUGGGGGGGCCCCCUUGGAGCAGCAAAAGAGAGACACUUUGUCCAGUUUGCUGCCGGAGGAGACAGGGGGCCCCCCAUUUCCAGGCGCUGCAGCAGCAGCAGCUGCUGCUGCUGCUGCUGAGCAGCAGCAGCAGCAGCAGCAGCUCGAGAGACUCUUCAGUCCUUCUUGCCCCAUCCAGUGGUCGGGCGUCUCCCCCGAAGCCCUCGCAAACACCAACACCAGCAGCAGCAGCAGCAGCAGCAGCAGCAGCAGCAGCAGCAGCAGCAGCAGCGCAGCGGGACUGCCCCACAGGCUGCGGGUGUGGGCGUACCCGCCGGUGUUGAUUCCAGGUGUACGUACAGCCCUGACAGCAGAAGUGGUGGACUCCAAAGGGCGGCUUGUUGCUGCUGACUGCGGCUCCGUGUCUUUGCUGCUGCAGCAGGGCCCAGCAGCAGCAGCAGCAGCAGCAGCAGCAGCAGCAGCAGCAGACGGCGUGCCGCUGCAGGGGCUCGGGCCCCAGCUGCUGCGGGGGGGCCGCGCCACCUGGCAGCUGACUCUGGGGCCCUCCCAACUGUCUCCUUCUGUGUCUCUGCUGCUGCUGCUGCUGCCAAGGCUCUGCAGCAUUUCUUUUGCUGCUGGAAAGGCCCUUUUGGAGACUGUCUCCAACUUCGAGUUGCUGCCUCCCGCCUACUUGCUGCUGCCUCUGCAGCAGCAGGCCCCACCCCACAACGGCCUGCAGCUCUCCGGGGGCCCCGGGGGCCCCGGGGGCCCCGGGGGCCCCAGGGGCCCCGGGGGCCCCCGGGGGCCCCCAGGGUAG